AUGAAUCAACAAUUGAACCCCUCUAUCUGGUACUCCAUAGUAUUUUCAGGGCUUAUUACCUUCCUUAUCCUAUAUUUUAGCACUCGCCUAGCGUUUCGAUGGCUGGUUGCACUCAUAACAGAUGCUAUCCUCAAGUAUCUAGUGUACUCUACCACUAGCCUCUUUGGAAUAUCUAGAUGGCGCAUUUCGGCAAAGGACGCGAUGUUUCCACUACUAUAUGUGAGCGCCAACGGCGUUUGUAUGGGUUGGGGUGUGAAAGCCGCCAAAGAGCUAAGCCGCCGGUCUGCUUCAAUGCUCGCAACAAAUCUUAUACUUCUGCUUCCGGGCUUUAAUGUAGCAGCUGAUGUCUUGCAUAUCUCCCUAAGGGUAUACCAGAAAAUUCAUAGCAUAGUUGGGCUAAUCGCUUUGAUACAAGCGUCAAUUCACGCUGGACGAGAACUCACUGCUCACGGAUGGACUGGUAACAUUGACACAAUAAGUGGAAUGGCGGUACGUACGAAUGUAUUGGCAUUAGUACUAUGGUCUCACGCAUCUAGGCAUUCUGCUGCCUGGGACUGA